UAUUCUCGGAACUUCCCAAUUGCACUAUCGCCACUUUUUGUUUGCCUCUUUGCCUACGUCUACGUCUACACUAUAGACACUGUAGUCUACAUUUCUACUGAGUGUGUCUCCCGAGCGACUGGUUGGCAAAUGUCUGUCUUUUAUCUUACUAUCAUACAUGGUUGUUAGUUCUUGAGCUAUCGGUCUUCCUAGAAGUUGGUUGUGUUUUAUUGUGAAAAUAUAGUUUUCAUUUGCUGCACAGAGUUAUAAAAGUAGCGUCAGUUUUAUCAAGGAAUCAGUUAAUUUUUAUUUCAGGUUAUCAAACAUUGAAACGAAAGGGAAAGCAAAACAACUGCAGUAGGUACUCUCAACCUCCAUAAACUGUCUUUGCUUCUGUCUAUGUAACUGAAACGAUCAACAUGUCAUCGUGUCAGUCCAGCCUUUCAACAUGUGCGCCCGCAGAAGAAUGCUGGUGUAGUACAGUUCAAUUUCAUGAAACGGAGUAUACUUGGAAAAUAGAUGAUUUUAAUGUUCAGGCCCAAAAAGGCGAAAUUAUUAGAUCUCCUACGUUCUUUGCUGCUUCAAAUGAUAAUUUUAAAUGGUAUUUAGAUCUUGAUCCUGAAGGCGAAAAUGGUGAAAAAGAUACUAUUGGUUUAUUCUUAUUUCUGAGCAGAAGUAGUACUCGCAAAAGAGCAUUUACAAAAUAUGGGUUUUCAAUUUUAAGCAACGAUGGUCGCGUACAGAAUAAUUUUACCAAGCAUCCUGUGUUUCACGAAUUCAACAACGACUUGGUGGAAUCUGCAGAUGGAGAUGGUCGAGGCUGGACUAAUUGUCUCAACAUAGACGAAACAUUCAAGAAUAAAUUUUUACAAAACGACGCGCUAACGAUUUCAUUCCAUUUGGCGUUCUUUGAAAUGGACCACAUAAGCAUAGCGGAAAUUUUUUGUCGAUGUAAUAUUGCUCAUUUUGAACAUCUUUCCAAAAAUUUUCUAUCAGCGUAUGAAAAUCGUGAAUUUACAGACUUUACGAUCUCAGUGAAAGGUAAAGAUUAUGCAGUUCAUAAAAUUAUUUUAGCUUCUUCUUGCAAUUACUUCUACAAAAUGUUCAAAACCGAUAUGAAAGAGAGUGUAGAAAAUCGCGUAGAAAUGACUGAUGUAGAUGAGGCUGUUAUGGACGAAGUAUUGAAGUUCAUUUACGCAGGUAAAUGCGAAAAUACGGAUAAUUUAGCCUGCGACUUAUUAGCUGCUGCUGACAAGUAUGAUUUAGAUGAUUUGAAAAAGAUUUGCGAAGACUCGGUUUAUAUGUCUCUAUCAGUAGAUAAUGCGUCGAAUGUUUUGAUAUUAGCAGAUCGGCAUAACGUUAAUAAAUUGAAAUCAAAGGUGAUUGACUUCAUAAUUGAUAAAUCCUCAGAAGUCAUGAAUUCGACAACUUGGAACGAGAACAUGGAGAAGCAUCCAAGAUUACUGAAUGAAGUGUGUAGGCUAGCUUGUUCUCGUUUAUUCAAGAAAACGUCCGGCUAACUGAUAGGUACCUGUACCUUACCUACUUCAAUUCACUAUAUCUACUAGUAGGAAUUUUGGUUCUCAUUCAUUUGGUUAAUACUUUUCCAUGUCUGUUUAAAUACGUGUACCAAAUCUAAGCAUUAUUUAUUUUUACUUUAAUUUUUGUUCAUUUUUCUCUACAAUGGGUACCUCUACCUAUACACUAUACUAUAUACAUAUUGUAUCAUUGCAUAUCUACUUAAAAUCGAAUACAUGGGAUAUUUCGUUUUUA